AUGAGUGCAAUCAACCCUAUGUCACCACCGACACCAUCCUCGAACCUCUUAGUUAAAAGAGACGCCGACACCUACGUCCCCGUCCGCGCCCUAAUAGCCCACGGCUUCCUAAUGACCUUCGCAAUCGGGCUCUUCCUCCCCAUCGGCGCCACAAUCAUCCAAGUCGUCCCCUGGAGCAAGAAAGUAACACAGCUACACGCGCCCCUGCAAGCAUUCGCCCUGGCCAUGCUCGUCGCAGGCAUGGGCGUCGGCAUCUAUCUGGGCGUGGAGACUGACAAAAUUGACACCUACCACCCGAUCAUCGGAUUCAUUGUUGUCGGCGGCCUGCUGCUGUUCCAGCCGCUCAUGGGUCUCCUGGCGCAUCUGUACUACCGCCGCUCCGGUCGGCGCAGCCCGCUUGCGUAUGUGCAUCGCUGGUGGGGGCGGCUUUUGGUGAUUCUAGGCAUCGUUAAUGGUGGGCUGGGGUUUAUGCUUGCUGGGAUUGGGUCGCCUGGGUGUCCCGUUGGUGCUGUUAUUGCUUAUUCGAUUAUUGCGGGGAUUGUCAUUUGUGCGUAUCUUGCUGUUGUUGUUUUUGGGACUUUCAGACAGUAUUCUUCUCGGCCCAAGGUUCAGGAGAUGAGCAAGCCUUAG